AUGCUUCCUGGAAGCGGGGGCUGCGCUGAGGUCCCGGAAGGAGCUGCCUUGGCAAAGUCCACAGGGGCUUCGGGGCCUCCGCCGCCCCUAAACCAGGCCGACGACUGGGCUCCGGGGUCUUCUUGGUUCCCAGUCAGUGGUGGCGACCGGGGUCGGGGGCAUCCGACACUUCCCGUGAUUUGUUCCGCAGGCAAGAAGAGCGGAAAGAGAAAGACCCGGAAAUUACCCGGGAGACCCCAGCGGAAGCCGCAGAGCGCCUGCAGGGAACCCGCGGACUCGGGCGCCCACCUGCGGCGCCCCACCAGGCCGUUGCCCGUCCAAACCAAUACGAAGCCAUCUGUCCUGGGCCCUGUCCCCACGUGUCAGCCACCUGCUAGGACAGCUGACAUGCGGUCGUCCUGCCCUACACGGCCCCUCUAUAAAGCCCCUGAAGUGCGUGCUUGUGAACCAGCCCGAAGAUGCGGGGCGGACUUGCCCUGCGAAGAUCCAAAGAGCUCCUGCCGGGACCAGGCUCUCAUUUCCAAGUCGACAGCCGGCUGGCCUGAGGUUUCCUCCCGUGAUGUUCCCCCGUCGGCCAGGAAGACACUGGCGCUGGGUCCUGUGUGUCACCGCCAGGCACAAGCCAAGCAUCCUCCUGUGGACUCAAAGCCCCGCCCACAGCCUGCCACGGGAACACAUGGCCAGAGCUCCAAAGUCAGCAUCCAGGCACAGGGGAAGAGGUCUCCCCAGGUCCCCAUGCAGCCUUCCCAGAACCCUCCAAAGAAAGCAAGAUUCAACUUCUUCUAACCCCCUUCCCAGGUGGGUCUCAGUGACCUGGUCUGGGGGUUGUCCCGGUCGCAGCUUCCCCCCAGUAUCCAAACAGAUACCUCAAGUGACCGGGAAGAUACCAGUCCUAAUGCCCAGUCUUGAACGCCAGGCUCCGCCUGACUCACCUGGUCUGAGCCCCGUUCAGACCUGUGCUGUCCCCUAACCCUGACCA